AUGUCGGUAAACGGCCAACCAGUCGGAAAAAUCACGAUGGAGCUGCGAAAAGACGUCGUUCCUCGAACGGCAGAGAAUUUCGUUCAGCUCUGCAACGGAACCCCCGGCUUUGGAUACAAGGGAUCGCCUUUUCAUCGCGUUAUUCCUGGAUUCAUGGCGCAGGGCGGCGAUUUCACGAACCGAAAUGGAACGGGCGGAAAGUCGAUUUACGGGCGCUCCUUUCCCGAUGAAAACUUCAAGCUGAACCACAUGGGCCCUGGAACGCUUUCGAUGGCGAACGCGGGCCCAAACACCAACGGAUCGCAGUUUUUCCUCUGCACUUCGGAAACGCCCUGGCUCGACGGAAAACACGUCGUUUUUGGAAACGUCAUUGAUGGAAUGGACGUUUUGAGAAAAAUCGAGUCGGUGGGCUCCCGAUCCGGCCAAACCCGCUAUCCGGUGAUCGUCGAAGACUGCGGCUGCUACAAUCCCGAAGAAGAAAAAUCUUCUCGCUAG